CAAGUCAACGGCGCGCUCUCCGUGGCUGCACGUGGGGCGAUUGUGCAGGCACUGAAAAGGGCUCGUGGGCGGAGUUGGCCAAGUGUUGGACGGUGGAGGCAGAGCCACGGCGGAUGCUCCUUGCUGAGUGGCUUAUUGUCCUGGAAGAUGGCCUUGGGAAGGGUGAUCCUAGGGAGGUGACCCUGCUUAUUAAGAGCAGUUCGUGCGGGAAGACCUGUGUUGCGAACGGAAAAGAGGCGAGACGCUAUGUCCGCCAGGUCCCUGUCCUUGUGACUACCGUGUUCGGGUGGCGGGGUGUCUGAGGACGAGCAUCGGAGCUUGCCGCUCAGCUUGGGGAGAGCUUUCUAUAGGGGGAAAUGUCUAGGAACGUAGAAUGGGGCAUCGCCAGUGUUGUGGGUGGGAGGUGUUCAUUAGAGCCUUUCAAUAUGCCAAGAUGGUGGGCUUGGCCUGCAUAGGAUACGCAUAGCAUACAGCUUUCUGCCACUUGUGUAGAGAAAAUGUGGUUCCCCUUGCACUUCUCACGCAUCUUUUCUAACUGUUGUGGCAGACGGAUCCUGGCAAACAGCCAUACUUGCAGACAUUACAAGAAAGAGGUGCUUCCAUCCCCAGAGGAACCAGUCCCACCUGUGUCAGUCACAGAGAUACGACAGUACUUGAGGGCACAGGACAUUCCUUUUCAUGAUGGCUAUAGUUGUCUUCACACGCCCAGCAUUUUUGUGGAGGAGAAGCAACAGGUUCGACAUAGCUACAGUCUGUUUAUUGACAAAACCACAGGCCGCUUUGUCUGCACUGCCACACUGGUUGAGGGUAACUGGCAAGACUUUCAGGCCAGUAUUGAGUUGAAACAUAAUAGUGUGGCUCCCAGUGAACUACUAAAGACAGAUGGGCAAAAGGACCAAGCUGGUGAGGAUGCCCGGCAUAUUUGGGAGAGAGCUUUGCCUCUCUGGGAACUGCUGGAUAAGCAGGAGACGCAGGAGGCCAAGGCUUUGUUUGGUAUUUCUAAUGUGUCUGAUACCACCCUUAAGCGUUUUGGGGUGCGUUAUCUGCGGACAGCUCAGGCCUUGGUCUUCCCAUGGUUUAGCCCCCAGGGCACCAGCCUAAAGGGCUUAAAGCUUUUGGGAGUUGAGCACCAAGGAGAGUCAGUACGUUAUGUAGAGAACACUCUACCCCGUCCAGGCGUCUAUUACAAUCUCUUUGGACUGCCCCUGAUCAGCCGGCGAGAUUCUGAAGUGGUCCUUACUGGACAGGAACUGGAUGUCUUGGUGCUACACCAGGUGACUGGGCUACCAGCUCUGGCCUUGCCUCGAGGGAUUUCCUGCCUCCCCCCUGCUCUUCUUCCCUACUUAGAACAGUUUAAAAGGAUUACACUGUGGCUGGGAGAGGAUCUCCGUGCUUGGGAGGCUGCCAAGCUGUUUGCCCGCAAACUGAAUCCUAAGCGGUGUUCUGUGGUGCAACCUAGUGACCAGCAACUCCGUCCCUUAGAAGCUUUCACCCGUGGCUUAAACCUCACCAAGAUUUUGCGUGCUGCCCUCCCUGCUGGCCACAAGUCCAUAAUUUCAUUUCGUGAGCUUCGUGAAGAGGUAUUUGGAGAGUUGGCCAAUGUGGAGCAGGUGGCUGGGAUCAAAUGGGCUCGUUUUCCAGAAAUGAACAAACUCCUGAAGGGUCACCGAAAAGGGGAGCUCACAGUCUUCACAGGUCCAACCGGUAGUGGGAAGACAACUUUCGUCAGUGAAUAUGCCCUGGAUCUCUGUAUGCAGGGGGUGAAUACCUUGUGGGGCAGCUUUGAGAUCAACAAUGUGCGCUUGGCCAAGAUCAUGCUUACCCAGUUUGCCAUGGGACAGUUGGAGGAGCAGCUGGAAAACUAUGAUGAGUGGGCAGACAAAUUUGAGGAUCUUCCUCUCUACUUCAUGACUUUCCAUGGGCAUCAGAAUAUUAAGACAGUUACAGACACCAUGCGGCAUGCUGUGUAUAUGUAUGACAUUAGCCAUGUGGUUAUUGACACUCUCCAGUUCAUGAUGGGUCAGGAGCAGCUGACUGUGGACAGGCUUGCUGUCCAAGACUACAUUGUGGGCGCCUUCCGGAAGUUUGCCACAGACAACAGUUGCCAUGUGACUCUGGUAAUUCACCCUCGGAAGGAAGAUGAGGAGAGGGAGUUGCAGACUUCCUCAAUUUUUGGGUCUGCAAAGGCCAGCCAGGAAGCUGAUAAUGUGCUGAUUCUGCAGGACAGGAAGCUGGUGACAGGCCCAGGCAAGCGCUACUUACAGGUGUCAAAGAACCGCUUUGAUGGGGAUGUGGGAAUCUUUCCUCUGGAAUUCAACAAAACAUCCCUCACUUUCUCUACCCCCAUCAAAGGCAAAGCCAAGCUGAAGAAGGUUAAAGAUGACAAUAAUGUGUCCCCUAAGAAAGCUCCAGUAGGUUCUGGUGGGGCUCCAAAGAAGCAGCGGGUGCAGCCACCCAGCACAGAGACUUCCUCUGAUGGAUCUGUCAAACCUUGAGGAAGAGGAGCAGAGUAUUGAGCAGAAAGAGAUGGAAGCCAGCAAUAUCACUGCCUCUCCCCUGAUCACAGCAAUAAUCUGACUUCAUCAAAGUCAGCUUUGGCUGGUUUUUGUGGUACUUUUGCCAGCUGGUUUUUGUUGAUGGUGUUUUUUUUUUUAAAUCAAGUGUUAAUCUGCAUGAGAAAUCUAUGGUCAGAUGAAGGAAUAGUUAAUUUACCUCUGUUAUCAAGCAAUAAUCUGGAGCUGAGACUUGAGCCCAUUCUCCAUUCCUUCCAAGGCAAGAUUGGGGACAGGCAGGCACACACCUUAGAAAAGUUCUUGCAGGAUGGUAGGUGGGUGUGAGGAAAGACUUGCCUCUUCAGCUUAGGCUGGGCCUGGCUGCUGCUUCAUUUUUCAUUAUUAAACUGGAAAACAUUACCAGGAGGAGCAAUUAUAUCUGCAUGUUGUGGGAUUCUUUACCUUAUCUGCAAACAGAAUAAGGUUCACAAGCUGAUAUAAUUAUAUAUCCUAGAUGUCAGUUUAGUCUUUGUUAGUCAUACCUGUUUCAUAGCACCAUGGGUAAAGUUAGGACAGGAGCUCAGAGAAAGUUAUAAAUAGGGUACUAGAGGAGUCAGCAGACCUUAGUCUUAAAUAAGCUAAGGAUCUGGUAGUUGUAGAGGUGAAAGUGGAACUGACCAGUCAGAUUGAAUCAUUAGCACUACAGAGAUCUCCUGUAGAUUGCUGGCUCGGAGCUUUACUGGUCUAGCCUAGUGUGAAUUCUAGUGAGGUCUGAUUAAAAAGCAAGCCAUGCUGCUUGUGGAUCCAAAGGGGCUUUUGAAAAAUUGCCAGCAAGAGAAAUAAUGCAGAUUUAUAGUGCAAAAGCCAGUAAGGGUUUUUUCAAACUUAAGUAAAAAUUGUGGAUCAAUUUCCCUAAGGCCUUUCCCCAAAUAUUAUAACCAAUGCAACUUGAGAAAGUCUUGAAUCAGACCAGUUCCUGUUUUGAGGAAAAUGGUGUUGAUAAAAGAAGAAGCAAAUCUGAGAUUUUGGUGAAUUUGUACAAGGAAGAAAAUUGUAGUUUUUGAAAACUGACAUUAACAAUGAAAUGGGCAAGUUGUAAGGCUCCAAAGUGCAUUGCUGCAGCCUGUUCCAUUUUAAUGAGAUGGAGAAUUCUUCUGGGGUGCAAUUUAAAGCCAAUAUUGACUGUAAUUUUAUGUGACCUUCUACUGGAAGUAGAAACUUUCAUCAUUAAUGGUAUUUGGAAUAACUUAUUUGGUGUGCAGAAAUUAUGGUAACUUGAUGCUGUAUUGAAUGCCUGUUUUGUUUAAUUUAAAAGUCCCCUGUUUGUACAUCAUAUGCAAGUAUUUCUUAUAUUGUCCACAAGAGGUCAGUCUGCGUUAGGUUUCCAUUUGCCUAAAUUUGAAAUGAAAGGUUCACUUGACAUUGUUUCCUCUGAUUUCCAUGCUUAUCCACAGUGCCUUCAUGGCCUGCUGAGCAUCUGAAUGUUACUCUGAACUUGAAAUUCACAAAAACUGGAGACUGCAGUGCCUAGUUCAUUAGAAUAUAAGCAACGAUUAGUAGGGAUGCCCACAACCCUGUAUUUGCACUAAAAUCACCUGGUGAG